GAAUAAAGAAAGCCAUCGCAGAAAAGACUAUCUUUACGACUCGGAUGCUGUCAAAUGGAUAAUGGUUGGUGUCCUGUGUUUCGGAUAGAAUGUACCGCGGAAACUCAGGCGACACAAUGGAGUCUGUGGAGCCCCAUGGAUGUAACACUUGUGGCCAGAGUUUCUCAGACAUUGGCCUGUUUACGUCACACCUUUGCUCAGAAAGGCCAACCACUCCGUCCAGGGGAAAAAAGAUGGGCAGCUACAAAUGCUCCCAGUGCAGUGAGGUUUUUCUAGAGCCGCGUCUCCUGAAGCGCCACUUCAAAGUCGCCCACGGCGGGCGCGGACCUGAAGGCCCAUUCCCCUGCACUGAGCAAGGCUGUCGCUUCAGCAGCACAGGCCGUCGGGAAUAUCAAGCCCACCUGACGUCCACACAUGGUCUCACCCUUGUUCCUUGCAACCUCCGGUCCUGCAAAGUGUCAUUCCUCACACAGGAUGAGAUGGAGAGACACUUCCGGGGCCACAUGCCCUUUGGCUGCUUUCAGUGUCAGUUUGUCACGUUGAGCGGUAAAGACCUGAAUGACCACCUCAUGGAGCAGCACCAUCGGCCGCCCGGCGCGCAAGAUAAGGCGACUGCAGUCACGGAAUGCACUAAAGGAAGCAACCAACCUCAUGUUCCUGGCAGGCCGACGAGAAUGCUAAUCCCAAAACCAGUUCAUGCAUCAUCGUUAACAGAAGAUGGGAACGACGAAUUGUCUGAGGGCGAAAGGCUCGAUUUAAAAAGAGCGAGGAAAGCAGUGGAAAGAGACAAACCAUCAGCAUUGGAGGCUGCAUCACUACCAUCCAAAGAGUACUUGGCGGAGGGAUCAGAGCAAACCUAUCGCACCCACAUCUGCCCCAAGUGUCGACGCUGCUUCAAGAUGCGCUCCCACCUGCAGGAGCACCUCCACCUACAUUUCCCCGACCCCAGCCUCCAGUGUGCCAACUGCAAGCGCUACUUCACCAGCAAGAGCAAGCUGCGCCUGCAUAGGCUCCGCGAGGCGGGUCACAAGGUUCACCGGUGCCACUUGUGUGAAUAUUCUGCCGUGGAGCGGAAUGCAAUCCGCCGCCACCUCGCCAGCGUGCAUGCCGAUGAGGCAGAGGGCGGCGAGAACGGUCGUACCUAUCCCUGCCCCAGCUGUGGUCAAAGCUUUCACCAGAGCAGGUCGCUCAAGGCCCACAUGAAGACGCACAACAUCCUGUCGGGCAGCAAGUCGGUGGCCUGCUUCCAAGAGGGUUGUUCCUUCCAGAGUUCUUUGCGCAAAGAACUUCUCCGACACAGCGCCGAGGUGCACGGGGUCACGGCUGUAGCGUGCCGCCAUCACGCCUGUGGCGCCGUCUUCCAAAGUGAGACGGACAUGGAGGCUCAUUAUCGGAAGCACCUGGCCUACCACUGCUCACAGUGUGAUUUUUCCUGUUCCAAUAAGGCCGUCUUCCUCCAGCACCAACGGCACGGUCACCCGGGAAACGACGAGCUUUGCUGCGACUUUUGCUCCUUUGUCACAUUCAACCCCGUGGAGUUCAGGCAGCACGUCGGCCAUCUGCACGCCGGCGAGAAGAUCCAUCGCUGCUCUCAGUGCAGCUACGUGACCUCGCAUGAACGGGGCUUGAAGCGGCACAUGCUGAUGCACAGCGGUGAGAAGCCCCACAAGUGUAGCUUGUGUGACUUCAGGUGCCGAGAUGAGUCCUACCUCUCCAAACAUAUGCUGACUCACUCGGAUGACAAGAACUUUAUGUGCGCUGAAUGUGGAUACGUCACGAAAUGGAAGCACUAUCUGAAUGUCCAUAUGAGGAAACAUGCUGGAGACCUCAGGUAUCGGUGUGACCAGUGCCCCUACCGCUGUCACCGCAUGGACCAGCUCAAUAGCCACAAAUUACGACAUCAGGCCAAAUCCCUCAUGUGCGAGAUCUGCGCAUACGCCUGCAAGCGCAAAUAUGAGCUCCGCAAUCACAUGCUGGCCAAACACUCCGGCGAGGAGACACCGCCAUCGGUCUUAAAGUGCAAGUACUGCACGUACACUACCUGCUACAGACAAGCCCUUCAGAACCAUGAGAACUGCAAACACACCAAGCUGAAAGAGUUCCGGUGUGCUCUCUGCUUCUAUUCCUCCUUCAGUAGCAUCAGCCUCUUUCUGCACAAGAGGAAAGCUCACGGCUACGUACCUGGGGACAAAGCAUGGCUAGAGAACUACGCCGCAAAGGAAAGGGAGAGAAACUCAACCGAGAUCUCUCAGGACUUCUACGAUAAGCCCCUAGUAGGUCAUGAACAGUCUGAACCAUCAACAUCUGAAGGACCUGCCUGUCACAGAGAACGGUCUGAUCCCCAUGACUCUGCAGACCGUUUUGCCGGCAGGCGCUCCGAAGGCGGUUCACAUAGUGAGUCUGUGGAUGCUUUGGAUGUCGUUUCUCAAGAGGUUGUUAAUGACGGUGUUUCUAACAGUCCUCCACCUGUGAGCCGUCCGGAGGAGUACUGCACUCUUGUCUUAACGACACUUUCAACCACAGAAUAUCAGACCUCCUCUUUGCAAAGUCAGGAAGGACAUUGCACGAAUCAAACUCCAAGCACUGACAAUUCAAAUCACCUUGACAUACCACAAGAGAAGGUGGACUCCUGUACGUCUUCGUCAGAGGGAGACGACGUAGCUGUGGCAGAUGCAGAACGUGGACAAAGUGUUUUAGAUGAUGUCCAUGUGCCUCUGCAUGAUACAAGUCAACCAGUAGUACCUAGGGAGUGUCAAACAUCUAAGGUGGAGAAUGGCGGCGGGUCGCUCGGUUCCACUUUUCCAUCCGAUCAGAAUAAUCCAACCGAAUCUGAGAUCCGUCUGAAAGCUAUGAAGAAGCACGACAAGGACCAAGCGGAGGCCAUGGUUUUGGAGGGAAGGGUGCAGAUGCUCGUGGUGCCUUCCAAAGACGUGCAUCGAUGCGAAAAGUGCUCUUAUGUAACCAGCAAGGAGAGCGCUUUGAAGCACCACUGCCAGGCUCUGUGCCAUGUUAGAACGAAGGGACACAAGUGCCAGGAUUGCGAGGCGCAAUUCAGACAGAGGCGAGGCCUCGACAGCCACCGUGCUAAGAAGUGCCCGGCGCUUCCACGAAAAACAAGGGCGUUCGUUGGCCUUUCAAAUACAGUAGAAGACAACUCUUCUGUGGGUCAAGGAGCAUCCGAGCAAGUCGAUGCGGAAACAAAUGCCGAUCAGCUAGAACUCCUUAGUCGGAAUUCCACAGAUUCUAACCAUCAGGAAUUUAGUCCGCGAGAAGAGGGAGUAUGUACAUCUCAUUCAACAAAAUGUAAAGGGUUUGUUCGGACAAAAAAACUUUCUAAAGUUAAACUUGCAACUAAGCAGUUGUUUUCCUCUAACAAUCAACAAAUGAUUCCACUGCUGAAAUCCCUUUAUGCCAAAAAAGAUGGGAAAUUCAAAUGCAAACUGUGCAAUUUUUCGUCAGUCAGGCUCACAACAGUCGAGCGACACCUCUCUCUCUGCAGAAAGAUCUUAAAGAAAAGCGAGAGUCGGAUCGUUCGAUCGGAUGAGCCCUGUCGCGAGUCGGUCAACGACAAAGGGGAGGUGGAAGAGCGCAAGGACGGAACCGGGAAAGUUUCAGAAAGAAGACGUAAACUCUUGUCCUGUCCGAGCUGUGCGUUUAGGUGCAGUCAGAAAAGGGCAUUAGACAGCCACGAAAAGAGAGGCUGCCUGAAGCCAGACGAGCUCCAGUGCGCCAUGUGUCCGCUGGUGGCCAAAUCUCAAAUCUCCUUGACCCGUCACGUCGCACGGGCCCACAACGACAAGAAAGUGGCUCCGGCCGAACGUCUGCCCUGCCAGCACUGUACCUUCACCUGUAAACACGAGCGGCGCAUGGCCCUACAUGUCGCGCUCAAACACAAAGGGGGCCGACCUCACCGCUGCCGCUUCUGCCCUUUCAGCACGGCCAGGCGCUAUCGCCUGGAGGAGCACCUCUCCCUCCACACGGGGAUCGGUCGCCACAGUUGCGAUGCGUGCGACAAGACCUUCGGCGCCGUGGCCAAAUUGCGGCAGCACAAGACGCGCAUCCACGACAGGCGGCCGACGCACUUCUGCCCGCUCUGUGACUUCAGCGGCUACACGCCGGACGACGUGAGGCGGCACGACCUCCGCAGCCACGCCGGGGAGUCGCGCCACGCCUGCGCUCACUGCGAGGCCCGGUUCAGUUCGGGAGUUGCGCUGAGGAACCACCGCAGGCGCGCGCACCGGCUCCAGGUUGGUUCGUCGCGUGGCAGCGAGGCCUCCCUGGAGCCCCGCCGGGAGAGCGAGCACCCUGGGGUGAAGUGCGGCACCUGCGGGGAGUCGUUUAGGACCCGCGAGAGCCUCGAGACUCACCAGAGAACCCACCUGGCACAUCGGUGUCAGCUGUGCCCCUUUGGCGCCAAAACGCGGCAGCUGUUAGCGCGGCACCUGCUGGGCGAGCACGAGGAGGGCCCUCCGGAGGAGAAGCCUUUCAAGUGCAGCUCGUGUCCGUUCGCCUGUCGCCAUCAGCUGGUGCUGGAGCAGCACUUCCGUUCACACGGAGGCAAACGUCUGUACAAGUGCGCGGACUGCGAGUACGUCAGCCGGAACAAGCAGAAGAUCACGUGGCACAUUCGCACACACACGGGAGAGAAGCCGUACAGCUGCGAGCAGUGCAGUUACACGUGCAUCGACCCGUCGAGGUUGAAGCUUCACAUGAGGGUUCACCAAGAAGAGAAGAAGUACCUUUGUCCUGAUUGUGGCUACAAAUGCAAGUGGGCGACUCAGCUGAAGUACCACAUGACCAAACACACAGGGGACAAGCCGUACGCCUGUGACGAGUGCGACUACCGCACUAACCGAGCGGACGCUCUCCGCGCCCACCGGGACACGCAGCACUGCGACCUGCGGCCUUACGUCUGCGAGAAAUGCGGCAAAGCCUUCAAGACCAGUUUCAUCCUGAAGACCCAUCAGCGGCAGCACAGUGACGAUCGGCCGUACACGUGCGGCUUGUGCCACAAGGCCUUCCGCUGGCCGGCGGGUCUCCGGCAUCACUUCCUCUCGCACACCAAGGAGCAGCCUUUCUGCUGUCGCCACUGCGCCUACCGAGCCAAGCAGAAGUUCCAGGUGGUCAAGCAUUUGCGGAGGCACCAUCCAGAGGUGCCGGUGGAGCAGGGGGUGGUCAAGGACUCCGAGGCGGCCAGCCUGACCCUGAAGGAGGCCUUGCAGGGGACGCUGGGCGAGAAGGCAGCAGCAGCAGCAGCGGAGGAGGAAGGAAUUGGAGACAGUGUAAGGAGCAAGGAGGUGGUCGUGCAAAGGGAGGAAGACAGCGAGACCAAAUGCUAAUGAGAGGGCACAAUAUAUAGUGUGGUCAAUUCAGAAUGUAAAAUAAUUGACAAAGGAAUCAAACUAUCAAUAUGUGGAGCAGACACUGUAAACGGUUGAAUGAGGGAAUGUGGAUUAAAAGGCCGCUGUGUCCAAGUCGA